UCCGCGGGGGGCGGGCGGAGAGCGAGGAGGGGGAGGAGAGGCGCCGCCGCCGGCACUUUCGCUCCUCCCUCCCGCAGGGGGCGCUCGCGGACCCCCGGCGCCCGGGCCGCUCCGUCCGCCAUGCGGGCGGCCUUCGUGACGGUGGGCACCACCAGCUUCGACGACCUGGUCGCCGCCGUGACGGCCCCGGAGGCGCUGCGGGUUUUACAGGAUCUUGGCUACAGCCGACUUGUCCUGCAGAUUGGCAGGGGCACAGUAGCUCCAGAGUCAGUCUGCACACCUGCGUUUACCCAAGAAGUAUACAGGUACAAGAACUCGCUGUUGCAAGAUGUGCAAGAAGCAGAUCUCAUCAUAAGUCAUGCAGGUGCAGGUAGCUGCCUGGAGGUCCUGGAAGCAGGGAAGCCGUUACUGGUAGUUGUAAAUGACAAGCUGAUGGACAAUCAUCAAUUGGAGUUGGCAAGACAGCUACACCGGGAUGGACAUCUCUUUUACUGCACAUGCAGAACUCUCAUCGAGACUCUCCAGUCAAUGGACGUGUCGACACUGAAGCCCCUCCCUCCCGGACAACCAGAGAAAUUUGCUGCGUUCUUGGACAAAGUAGUUGGGAUUUAAACAAGUGAACUGUAGAAGGAAGCUUCCGCAUUUGGAACUGGCUUUACUUGUAAAGACGGUUUAAAA